CCAUCCUUGUGACAAAUUUGCGCUGAAUAAAUCCAGUUAAAAAAGUUAAGUUGACGGAGGGAAUAAUGAAAAGAUAUAUAGUGGAACGUAUUGAAAAAAAGCGAGUAAUCAAUGGUAUUACUGAGUAUUUCCUAAAGUGGAAGGGAUACCCUCGCUCCAAGAACACAUGGGAGCCCGUUGACAAUCUAUUUUGCAAUGAUUUAGUCGCCGAAUUCGAGAUGUCGGAGAAAAAGAAAGCGCAAUCUUACAACAGGCUCAAAUCUGUAUCUUCUGGAGGCGAUUCCAAGGCAGUUAUUCGAUUAAAAAGACUGGCUAACGAAAAGAAUAAGAAAUUUGGAUUUGAUCGUGGCUUGGAGGCUUUGAAAAUUAUUGGCGCAACCGAUUCGUCCGGAGAGCUCAUGUUUCUCAUGUCUUGGAAAAAUACGGAUAAACUUGAACUGGUGCCGGCAACGUUGGCCAAUUUAAUGUGUCCCCAAAUAGUUAUUGACUUCUAUGAGGAGGGCCUUACUUGGGCUCCACACAUCGGUAAUGUGAAAAUUAAAAAUUCAAGUCGUCAUGCGAAAAAGGAAAAUGCAUACUAAUACAUAUGCAGGACAACUGUAAACAGUAUGCAUAUGGACAUACGUAUAGUCGUCUCAUUCUAGUAUUAAUUCUAUUCUUACCAUUAUGUAAAUAUUUGACAACAUUGUAUACGAUUUAAUUGUAUAUAUUAAAAUGAGAAACUUUUCGUAUUUCGUAAUUUUCUGAUCGGGUUGGUGCACGCAUUUUUCGCGCGUCAAAUUGUAGUAAGCGCUGUGUUGCCAGACCGUUGAGAAUUGGUCUGAUGAGCUAGUCCGUUCAUUGGAGCGUGGUACUGGUUCAGUCGUGAGCCCUUAACACUGGUUAUUGAAUAGUGUUUGACAAUUGCUGUUGGUUGCGAGUUUCAGUUGAUUGCACAUUGCAGGCGUAGGCUGGCGUUUGGGAAGUUGAUGUGCCAUUUGAUAUCUUGUCAUUUGGCCAUUUGUUGAAGCGUUAGUUGUCUGUCGCCUGCCGGCUGCAGACGUUAGUUGUACACCACAGCAUAGCAAACGA